ACGGAGGAAAGAGAUUGCGAGUGUACGACAACACAAGUCUUCAACGACUCAGAUCUCUCCACGUCAGAUCGCGACUACACCGUAACACAACCCUUCCCUUUCACCAACGACACAACGUCCACAUAAACGACAAUGACAACCAUUUCCUCAGGUUCUCAUUUUCUACUAAAAACCCUGAAAUUCAGUUCACAUUCUAAACUGAGAAGUUUCCGUUCAUUUGGAAUGAACACUUCAGCUAGGGUUUCGAGUAACGGCAACGGUGGCGUAGUUCACUUUCCGUUAUCUUCAUCGAGCGCUUUGAUCAUUCAGAAAGGUGAUAUCACCAAAUGGUCCAUCGAUGGUUCCACUGACGCAAUAGUAAAUCCUGCUAAUGAGAGAAUGCUUGGAGGUGGUGGAGCAGAUGGAGCUAUCCAUAGAGCUGCAGGUCCAGAUCUUCUUAGAGCAUGCCGGAAUGUUCCAGAAGUCAGGCCCGGAAUUCGCUGCCCAACUGGGGAAGCAAGGAUCACACCAGGUUUCUUGCUGCCUGCUUCUCAUGUUAUUCAUACUGUUGGCCCAAUCUACAAUGCUGAUAAUAAUCCUGCUGCCUCUUUGGCCAGUGCUUACAGGAAUAGUUUGAGGGUUGCAAAAGAGAGCAACAUUCAGUAUAUAGCAUUCCCAGCCAUAUCAUGUGGUGUCUAUGGAUACCCCUACGAUGAAGCUGCUACUGUGGCAAUUUCUACCAUCAAAGAGUUCCAAAAUGACUUUAAGGAGGUCCACUUUGUACUCUUCGCAUCCGACAUUUAUGACAUUUGGUUAAAUAAGUCGGAUGAAUUGCUGAAAGAUUAGUGUGACCCUUCAGAAAUAAGUCUGCAGAAAUAAAGACCUGAGUCAUUUAGACUAAUGCAAGAAAUUAACUACAAUGUUUCAUGCAGACAGUUUUUUUGUAAGGAAAAGAUGUAAGCUUAAUAGCACACUACUUGAUGUUAUGAUAUGCUCUUGAAUGUCAGAGUGAUUUGCUACUUUAUGUUAUAAGUUCUUAUGUGACUGGAUUUGUAAAUGAGAUCUAUCAACACCCUACAUAAAAAUUUGGUGUUUGUGGUGUUUCGAUUUAAAAUCAUGAUAGCUGAGUGUGUUAUUAUCUUUUCAUGGAGUUUCAGGAUCCAUUUUUAUUCAA